UGCUCCAUUGGGAGUAACAGGUGAAGAGUCCAUCCAUUUGAUUAAGAUGCAUGAGAAGAAACUCACAGAAACGUUAUAAGAAAACAAUGUAUACUAUUAGUCUUCUGUCCUUGAAACAUAAGUUUGAAAAUCUGAAAUUUAAUCUGAUAUUGAAACGUUGUCUCUCAAGGUCGUAUAUAACCUCCCAGAAGGAAAUUGUAGGGAGUAGCGUAACGUUAAUUUCGAUAAUGAGUUUUUCACCUAGGUUGUGUUGCUUGCGAAACCUUACCAGUUUUAGUGAAUUUUUUGGGCCAGUGUCUAAAGUUUCAGUAGGACUUUUACGACCAUCGUCAAUCGUACGUACAUCUAAAGCGGCUAAAGGUAGUACGAGCGAGAAAGUCCGUAGGCAAGCUGAAAAGGAAAUGCAGUCAUUUUGGGACAGAAAUGCUACUGAAAAGCGGCCGUGGUCUCCCCAUCUUCAGGCUUACUCGCCACCUUUAGUAAUGAGAUUCUCUUUUCUCCAUCGAGCCACUGGUAUUGCUAUGGCUAUCGUGUGGUCAUCUGUAGGGAUCGGUGCUUUCUUUUUCACUGGGCAUUAUGACUCUAUACUUGACUAUGUAAAGAACAUGCAUUUGGGUACUUCUGUCAUAGCUGCAUGCAAGUUUAUUCUAUGUUACCCAUUGGUUUACCACUAUUUGAACGGGAUGAGACAUCUGGCUUGGGACUACGCUAUUGGCUUUCCUAUCAAAACAUGUAAUACAACUGGAUUUAUUGCUUUAGGAUCAUCUUUAGUUAUUUCUGCUAUCUUAGCGUGCAUCCGAUUAUAACAUUGUCCUAUUGGAUAUUCUCUGGGUUCAUCUUGUUAUUUUCUCCUUUUCCUAUUGAUUAUAUGUUGUCAAAACAUAAUUUUUCGUUCGUAAAUAUGACUUUUAGUACUUAUAUUUGUAUUUUUUCUACAAAUACAUUAACGAUUGCGUUGCCACAUGACGAAAGAUAUCUUCAUUCACUAUAACACUUACACUACUUGGUUUAUGUGUGUGUGAUCAGUGUAAUGAAUAGUUGAUGACGUUGUGUGACAUUGUUCAAAAUUGGUCGCAAUGGCGCAAAUACAUUUACAUUAUCUUAUCCUUUUUAUCCAUCGGAUUCUUUCCUUUUCAAAUGAUGUUCUCUAUCUUUUCAAAUAAAUUGAGUAUCAUGUAAAAUGUUAAUCGUAAAAUAAUCAUGUAUUUGUGACAUCCCAAUCAAUAGAAGUUAGAAUUUCUGCUUUAUCGUAUUCUCGGAAAAGACUUGUUUCCUACUCGCGUAAACCGG